AUGAGGCUUCGACGAAUCUCCAACCUUCUCCUCCUCCUUGUUUGCUCCUCCAUAUCCGCUACCCUCGCCAAUUCAAAUAACGCUCUCAAGUCCAACACAGGUCGCAAGUCCCCUGACUUAGACGCGCACCCUGUUUUACUUUCGACACAAACCAGCCCUCCACAAAUACGGGGCGUCAACGAUGCACCUAUUGAUGGGAAGGAUGGAAAACCCCAUGCCGGGCCUUUUGUUGAGACGAAUGCAGAACGACAGCGGAAAAAGGACAAAGCUCUUGCAGACCAACAACGUUCAAACCCAUCCAAUCCAGAAGGGUCUCCGGAAGGCCAUAUUGGACCCGAUGGGAAAGUGAUUCCGCAUUCAAAUGAUGGCGUAAUGGAUGAUAAAAACCGGCCUGGUCCAAAAGAAGGAACUCGGGGCACAGAAGGAGGAGUAUCUUCAAAGAACAAAGAUAAACAUUUAGGCAUUGAAAAGGUCCCAGAUCCACCAAAGGAGGCCCCUCCGCUGCCACACAGCGAGCAACAAAAGAUUCCUAACCUCCAUGGCGAUCGGGGGAAGAAAGGAAAGGAAGAGCAAAAGGAUAAGCUACUGGAGAAACCUGGAGACCUGCCCGAAUCCCCUCAUUCACUUCCUCCAACACGAUUUGACAGCGAGAACGAGAAGAACCUAAUAAAGGAACCCAUCGCAUCUUCUCCUGGUGCCAAACCAAAGGUUCCUAGUGAUGGUGACCAUGUCAAUGAGAUUAUUCAACCUCUUCACUCAUUUGUUCUUUCCUUUACUAUGAUCCUAUUUUCUGAAAUUGGGGACAAGACAUUUUUGGUUGCUGCACUCAUGGCUAUGCGUCAUCCAAGAAUGCUAGUUUUUUCAGCUGCUUUUGGGGCCCUGAUUGCGAUGACUGUUUUGUCAGCCAUGUUGGGCCAUGCUGUUCCUACAAUACUGCCAAAGUCAUACACAAAUGUCCUUGCGGCGUUCUUAUUUCUUGUUUUUGGUCUAAAAAUGCUUCACGAGGCGAAGAAUAUGCGUCCUGACGAGAAUGUAAGCAACGAGAUGAAGGAGGUUGAGAUGGAAUUAGAGGAGAAAGAGCAUCAGCAGCGACGCAUGAAUAGACGCCGAUCAUCCAUUGACCCUUACGCACUGGAGUCUGGCCGUGCCGGCAUGCCCCACAAAACCCGUUCUUCAAAUCAUCGCCUUCCGACUCCCGAAAGUAUCUCUCCAGCUUCUUCUCGAAGCAACUCUCCACCACGAGGCUUUGCAAUUAGCAGCGUUUUGAUUGGUAUUAAUAACUUAUUCUCCCUUCUGCUGAGUCCUGCCUGGGUCCAAACAUUUGUCAUGACUUUCUUGGGCGAAUGGGGUGACAGGAGCCAGAUUGCUACCAUUGCUAUGGCCGCUGGCCAGGACUACUGGUGGGUAACACUGGGUGCCAUAAUUGGACAUGGAAUGUGCACUGCGGCCGCGGUCAUCGGUGGAAGAGCGAUUGCAGGCAAAGUCAGCAUUCGCACUGUUACCUUUGGCGGAGCCAUCGCCUUCCUAGUGUUUGGAUUCCUCUACGUCCUGGAAGUAAUAUACUAG